AAUUUUUUGCAUUGGAAAAUGAAACUCAGCCAAGUGGUUCCUUCCCACCUGCUCUUCUCGCAUAAUAGGCGAGCUGUUAUUCAAUGAAUCUUGCACGCACACCUUCUAGCACCGAAGAUUUUCCUGGUCUCUUAUAUGCUGGCUUUAACCAGGACUAUGGGUGCUUUUCUAUCGGUUUAGAUAGUGGCUUCCGAGUUUAUAAUUGCGAUCCGCUCAUUGAGCAAGCUCGCAAUGAAACCGACGAAGGAGGUAUUGCUCUCGUUGAAAUGCUCUAUCGUACGAAUUAUCUGGCUCUUGUUGGUGGUGGAAGAAACCCUCGGUAUCCACCCAAUAAAGUGAUUAUAUACGACAGCAUCAAGGCCAAACCUGUCCUCGAAUUAGAAUACAAAAACGAAGUCAAGAAUGUAAAGUUACGCCGGGACAGAUUGACGGUGGUUUUGGCAAAUAAAGUCUUCAUCUACAUUUUUGGACUUCAUCCACAGCUCAUCCAGACGUUUGAGACAACCGAUAACGACAAAGGUCUGGCAGCAAUAUCGGCUUCUCCCGAUCAUGCUAUUUUGAUUAUUCCCGGACGACAGAGAGGCCACAUACAGAUCAUCGAUUUGGAUACCCUCGGAUAUCAAUGGAACACCGCACCGCAAACUUUUUUAUCCGAUGAUAACGAUAUUGGUCACCCUUCACACCAUCAGCACCCUUCUUCCGCAGCUCCAAUGCCAUUGCCAUCCUCAUCCUCUUCUUCAUCCGAUCGUCGUCCUACCAAUAUGGCCAACGUGAGUAUCAUUGCUGCGCAUUCCGGGAAACUGAGCUGUUUAGCACUGAACUACGACGGCACCAAAUGCGCGACGGCCAGCGAUAAAGGCACAUUGAUACGGGUGUUUAACACAUAUACCGGCACCCUGCUCAAUGAACUGCGGAGAGGAAUGGAUCGCGCUGAAAUUUACUCCAUCGCGUUUAAUCAAGACUCGACACGGCUUGUCGUCUCCUCUGACAAAGGCACCAUCCACCUAUUCAAUUUGGACCCAUCCGUAGUGACCAUGUGCGACCACAAACCCCGUGGUCCUACCUAUGGUGAAGUGGUCGUUUAUCCUCAUCAGUCACCGAGCAACUUUGGUUUGACGCACAGCGGUAAUCGGGGAAGCAGUCUCAGUUUCAUGAAAGAGUUGUUACCAAAGUAUUUUAGCAGUGAGUGGAGCUUUGCCCACGCCAAAAUUGUCACGGAAAGUCGAUGCAUUGUAGCUUUUGCUGAUCAGAAAUAUACCAUAUUAGCGAUUUGUGCUGAUGGCAGUUGUUACAAAUUCUAUUUUGAUCCAAGAAAAGGCGGUGAAUGUACCCGGGACUCUUUUGAACGGUUUUUGAAAUACGAUUGAAAAAUAAAAUAACAAGACACUAACAAGAGUCUUGAUAACAGCUCAUUCAGACG